AUGGCCUCUCACAGCUAUGUUUCCAUCUCUGAGCUGCAUCCCAACGUCUCCCAUGCAAUGGUGGUCGGCAUCAUCAUAGGAAAAACUGAUGUCAGAAGCUUUCCUGAUAGAAAAAAUAUCGGUGUAGACAGAUUCACUUUUGGCUUCACCAUUAAGGACUCACCUGACUUCUUCAUCAAUGUGUCAGCCUGGGGAAAUGACUGUUACAUCAAUGGGCUCUCCAACAGCUUCAGUGUAGGAGACUGCGUCACCAUUGAAAAUCCUUUAGUUUCCAACAAAGACCCAGAGAAAGGGGACAGAUAUUGUCCUGCAACACCAAGUCUCUACAGGCUGCUGGUGACGGAGGCCCAUUCCCAGGUGUUGCUAUGCGCUGACAUGGACACCACUGACAGGUUGCUGCCUCUCAUCCACCUGCCUGUGAAGGACUCCAGAGAUUUCUACUCACUGGGAGACAUAGUGGCCAACGGGCAGACGCUGAACGGCACAGUGAUAAAUAUACUGGCAGCAGUGAAAUCGAUUGGAGAGCCGAAGCAGUUCACCACUUCAGACGGACGUAAAGGGCAGAGGCUGGAACUGAAGCUCUUUGAUGACUCCGUCUCAUCCUUCCCCCUCAUCUGCUGGGACAGAGAAGCCAUUCAGCUGGUACAGACUUUGAUACCAAAGGAGACGGUACUCUUCAUAGCGGAUGCAAAGAUUAGUUUUGACAGCUUUCGCAACGGCAUGACCGCAACUGUUAACUCGAAAACCGUUAUCACCGUCAAUCCCGACACCAGGGAGGCCAGCCUGCUGUUCAGUUAUGCUAAAGAGGUGUCUGCGUCUGGAGCUCUGGAUCAAGAUGAGAAGGAUGAGGAUAUUCCUGUGGAUUCCAUCACUGAUGUGUACACUGUGAAUCAGCUGAAGCAGAAGUCCCGGGAGAAUCCUGAGGCUUUCUUUGGCAUCACGUAUAGCUUCAUCUCCAAGCUCGACCUCGACUCUGAUGUUUCAAAAGUCAUCAGGACACGGUGUUCCAGAUGUAAGUUCCGGGUGAGUGAUGACAUGCUGAGUUGCACCAACCAGCUGUGUCCGGCGAGGGAUCAAACCUUUUCAGCUACCACAGGCUUUGACCUGCUGGUGGACGUCACAGACCACACAGGCACCCUGAAUGCCUGCACCCUGAGAGGCCCAGAGGCUGAGAAGACACUUGGCUGCACUACAGAGGAGUUUGCCAAUUUAACAGACGCCGAGCGGACUACGAUGAAGUGGAAAUUUCUUUUGGAGAGAUGCAAAAUAUACAUGAAGAUCUUUCCAUCCAACAAGGUGAAGACUGGGACCAGAGGGAUGGUCCUGGCCUGCUCGCUGGCAGACCCUGGCGAGGUGAAACAGCAUAUGUCUGCCCUGCUGCAGCGGCGCUGA